AUGCAUAAACUACCGUCUUCAAGAUCUGCAUCAACCAAUCCUAUUAAACUUAUUAACAAAUUAAAUUCCCCUCUCCAUACCUAGUAAGACAUUAUUGAUCCUAAAAUUAACAGAAAAGAACUAAUUGAUACUCUCUUAAAAACUAUUAAGAAGAAAUCCAAUCAAAAUGAAAAACCUAAGAAAAGAAUUAGAUCUAAUGCUAAUUCAGGAUAAAAAUUAGUUGAAAUCAAUUAAAAUGUUCUUCAUAUUCAAGAUUAUAAUACAGAAUAAUUUCAAUUCAAAAAAGUGAUAUCCAAGAUCAUUUUACCAAAAACUUAAUAAUUGUCAAAUUAUAAUAUGUUAUAAUUCAUAGGCAAAGGAAAAUAUAGUGAAGUUCAAUUAGCAUGUGAAAUUACUACUGGAAUACAUGUUGCACUUAAAAUAAUGAAAAAAUAAUAAAUUUAGUCUAUUUGGAAAAGUAUAGCAUAAGAAUUGAAAAUUUAAUAUCUUCUCAAUCAUCCAAAUAUUGUCAAACUCUACACUUUCUUCCAAACCAGUUAUUAUAUUUAUAUAUAUAAAUAGCUCUUGAUAUCAUACUUGUAUUAGAAUAUUGUUGUCAUGGAUAAUUACAUAAAGUCUUAAGAUCACUACCAGAAACUUCAUUUACUGAAUAAGUAGCAGCAUCUUAUAUUAAAUAAAUUGCAUUAGCCUUAAAUUAUCUACAUAGAAAUGGUAUCAUUCAUAGAGAUCUAAAACCAGAAAACAUUUUCCUAUGCUAUGAUUAAGUUAAAUUAGCUGAUUUCACUCAUUCUAUCUAUUCUCCACAAUAAGAAAGAUCUACACAAUGUGGUUCUCUAGCUUACAUUUCCCCUGAAAUUAUAAAGGGAGAGAAUUAUGAUAAAAGUACAGAUAUGUGGUCUUUGGGUGUACUAGCAUAUGAAUUAUGUAGUGGUGAGACUCCUUGGGAAGAUCUAUCUUAUUUGGAAAUGUAAUAAAUCAUUUUAAGUGGAAACAUACGAUUUCCAUCUAAAUUCACUCCAGAAUUAAAAGAUUUCAUUAAAAAUCUUAUACAUAUAGAUCCUAAAAAUAGAAUGAAUACUAAAUAAGUCUUAAAUCAUCCAUGGCUUUAAGAAACCAAAUAAGAAGUGUCACAAUUUACUAUAGAUAUUUGA